CCAUAAUUGUUAGCAGCGACUUCACUUCCAGCACAACACCAACCAAUCUUCACGGACUCAUCGCCACACCGUCUCUCACCACCAUCCCCACCUCCCAGACCUUUUACCAUCAAUACCAAAAAAAGCAUGGCCCGAACAGAAGAAGCAGAAGCAUUCUUUCACGCAGUCUACACCGCAGUUCAAGAAAUACCCGUCGGCAAAGUGACAACCUACGGCCACAUCGCCAGGCUCGUCGGAACCCCCGAGCGCCCCCGUCAAGUAGGAAUCUGCCUUAAACACCUCCCCACAGACCCAACAUCCCGCUUCAACAACGAAAACGUCCCAUGGCAGCGCGUCAUCAACGCCAAAGGAACAAUCUCCCCACGCUCCCAGCCCUCAGGUGCCCGAAACCAAGCCGAAGCACUACAAGCCGAGGACGUCGAGGUCUCGCGGACGGCCAUGGGCGAGUUCCAAGUAGACUUUAGUUCCUACGGCUGGUUUCCCGAGGUCCUCCCCUCUGAAGAAGAUUGAAGGCGGACGAACAGUCGUGACCAUGGAUCAGUCUGCCUCGAGAUGUGCCUCGACACUGAGAGUCCGAAAGGCCGCAUGGGACGAGCAUGCUUUGGGCGAUCCUCA